AACAAGAUGUACUCAUAUCCUCCUUUAAAUGUUUCUUAUGCUUCUCCUUUAGCAACAUCCUUAGCUAGACCAAUUCCAGGUAUGAAGUGAUGGAAAUUAAUUAAUUUUAGUUAGUUAUGCAUCUUAUGCUGCUCCAGUUUCAUAUGCAGCUCCAAUCUCAUAUGCUGCUCCAGUUUCUUAUGCAGCACCAUAAUAUUCACCAAUCAGAGGAGAAUCUAGAGUUGAAUAUGUCCCUUACUAAAAGCCAGUUGUUGAAUUAGAAGAAGAAGUCAGAACUGUUUAAGUAUGUAUAUCUCAUUUAAUAUUAGGUACCAAGAUAAAAGUGGGUUACAGAUUAUUAUCCUGUAGAAUAUUAAAAGGAAUAUGUUCCAUAAGUUUCAUAUGAGAAAUAAAUCGAUUAUGUCCCAGUAGAAAAGAAUGUCCCUAGAGUUGAUUAUUUAGAAUAUGAAAGAGAAGUAUUUUAUUUAUUGAAUCAAUUUUUAGGUAAGAAGAGCUCCUCCAGCUCCAGUAUCCUAUGCUUCACCUCUUUCUUACAGUUAUGUAGCUCCUGUAGCUCCUUUGAGAACAAGUGUUGUUGCACCAACUUAUGGUUAUGGAUAUGCUCCUACUUACAGUUAUGCUGCUCCAACUUUUGGAUAUGGAUCAGUCUACAGAUAUUGAUUUUACAAUCAUAUAUUCGAUUUAUGCAA